AUGCGUUCGCGCAAGGGCGCUCCCUUUGACCAGAUCCGCGGCUUUGCCACCAUGGACUACCGGCUAUCGGACUUGGGCGACGACGGCCAGGGCCAGGAUAAUGGCAAUAAGCAGGGUAGAAGGCACGACCUAAGCCGCAGACAGAGCCAACGCCGAGUUCGGCACCCAGACCACAUCAACGACGUCCGCUCUGCGAUCCAGUCCUUGGCUCAGAGGAUGCAAAUGGACAAGUACAUCUUGAUUGGGCAUUCGGCUGGUGGUACAAUGGCCAUGCAAUUGCUCAUGGGCGACGCAGCAUUGCAGCGCCUAAGCGAUCAAGGGCGUCAACAGACAUCGACAUGCCGGGCGGGCCGCAAUUACACAGCAAAUUCCAACCAAAUACCGCUACCAGACGCAGUCAUCACCACCGCGGGCAUCUUUGACCUGCCUCUUCUUGUGGACGAAAUCGGUCCAGAAUCCAAGCCGUUUUACACCAACUUUGUUACGCAAGCUUUUGGCAGCAGACGAGCGGAUUGGACGCAGGCCUCUCCCGCUAACUUUGCUGGAAAUUAUAAGCAAAUGUGGCCUGGUAACAAUGUCUUGAUGCUGGCGCGGUCGCAGCAGGACACACUGAUUGAUGCCUCACAGCUUGAUGCCAUGGAGAAGAAGCUGAUUGCAGACGGUAUUACUCCGACUGUGGUGAGGAAUCUCACGGGCCAACAUGAUGUAGUAUGGCAAUCAGGGGUCCAGCUAGCUAAUCUUGUUGAGCAAACACUAGGCGAGUUGAAUGCUCGCUCCACCUAG